AUGGGUUUGAUGGAACCACAAGCAGUCUUGUCUGCCUUGGCAAGGUACCUUACAGAUGAAGGAAUCAAGGAGUGUAAAAGUUCAUCAGAGAAGGAAAAAACAUCACUGACUGACAUCAUCCAAGUAGCACUAAACAGUGAUCUGAGACCCAUAGGAAAGAGCUUUCUGCCGACGGACAUCAACAGUGGACGAAUAGAAAAGUUGGAGGGCCCAUGUGUCCUUCAGGUGCAGAAGAUUCGUAAUGUCGCCGCUUCUAAAGAUCACGAGGAGUCGCAGGCGGCGCCCAGAAUGCUGCGUCUGCAGAUGACGGACGGACAGACAUCGUGCACCGGCCUCGAGUUCAAACAUCUGUCCAAAAUCAGUCUGAACACUCCUCCUGGAACCAAAGUGAAGCUCCUGGGGGACGUUCAGGUUAAAAACGGCAUCCUGCUGUUGGACGAUUCCAAGAUCACGGUUCUCGGAGGUGAAGUGGAUCACAUGAUCGAGAAGUGGGAGUUGCAGAGGAGCCUCGCCAAACACAGCCGAAGAAACAUUGGCGCAGAAGGUGGACCUCCUCCAUUCGUUCCCUUUGGACAGAAAUGUGCUCAUAAGGAGCAGGUGGACAGCAGAGCUCUGGACCAGAGGAAGACCCUGCAGAGCACCAACGCUGUCAAAUCUGACGACAACGAUGAGUUUGAGAAACAAAGAAUCGCUGCUAUUGCAGAGGUCGCCAGGAGUAAAGAGACGCGUACGUUCGGCGGUGGCGGCAAUGCAGGCGGAAACCUCGCCAAUCCAGGAUCCACCUACAAGAACCGAGACACCUAUCAAAGAAGACGAGAAGAGAGAGAAAAGCCAUGGAUGGAGAACAAGUCAGAAGGAGUUUACAGAGAUUUGGUUGAUGAGCGCGCUUUGAGGGACAUCAUGGAGAUGGGCUUUCACCGAGAGGAGGCCAGACAGGCCCUGCUGGAUAACAACAAUAACCUGGAGGUGGCCCUCAACUUCCUGCUCACCGGAACAAACCAGCCCAAAGCGGCCCAAACGGAGCAGAGCCGCCCACCACCUCGAGGAAAGGGUCGUGGAAGAGGACGCUCCAGACAAGAUGAGGAUGAAGAAGCAGGAGGAAGACCAUCUGUGCCCAGCACACUGUUUGACUUCCUGGAGUCAAAAAUGGGGACAUUCUCCAUUGACGACUCAAAGAACCAGCCUUCACUACAAGAGCACCAAUAUAAGAUGACUUUCCCCAGCACUGAUCAAAUGUUCAGAGAUUCCGCCCAGUCCAAACACCCUCCCCGAAACGAGGGACGCUCGCAGAGAAACGACAGGCCUCCACGUUUCCAGAAGGAUGGAGACUUUCCUAAACCCAGCACGGCCUCUUUCAGUGUCUCCCAGCCGCAGAAAUGGAGGGACGGAGAGAGAACGGGAAGAGGAGGAUCAGACCGAUGGAAGAAUGAUGCUCAAGAUGCUAGAAAUACGUACACCUCUAUGGGGAAGCCCAGGGAACAGCAGGGUCUCUCUGGAAAGGAACAUAACGGGUCGAAAAGCUUUCAGCAGGAACCACAUAACGGCGGAUGUAAAGAGCAGGAUGGGACAGGACUGGCUUCUUUUAGGAAAAACCAAUCAAACGGACCCGUGGCACCCAAAUCCUCAAAUCCUGCUGCGUCAGGCUCGGAUCCUAAAGCUAGAAACGAACCCAACAACAGAAGGAAAGGCAAGCCAGAAAGACCCAAAUCAGGCUACUUUGAGCGUUCGCAAGAUGCAACGAAAAAAGACUUUUCGCAGGAUGCCGGAUCCGGUCAGUGCAUCAAAGUGGGUGGGGUUUCAAACGUGCAGCUCCCUAAUGGUGAUUUAGAACACAGACGGACCGGUCCAAUCAAGCCGCAGUCUUCAGCCCCGCCUCAGAAACAAACCAACACGCAUAACUCCGCCCCCAAGAAACGAUCUGGACCAAUCAAAGGUCAGAGAGAGCCGACGGACACAAAUAAUCACAUAAUCUGGAGAGCUGGUGACCAGUGUCUAGCGCUCUACUGGGAAGACAAUAAGGGAAAGUCCUGGUUAAAGUGUUGCAAGCUGUGAACCAAACCAACCAACUACAAGGUGAAUCA